AUGUCUUCAAGAGCUGGGAUAACCAAGAAGGCCUGUGAUGGAUGCAAGAUCCGGAAGAUCAGGUGCGGCGGAGGCCAGCCAUGCCAGUCCUGCUCCAAUGCGCGCAUCAAGUGCACCUAUAUCCGCGUGCAGCAGCCUCGCGGUCCUCAGAAACUGCGCGCGACCACCAAAUAUCUCAUCGAUCAAGCUCAGCGAGGUUUUGAAGUGCAGAAUGCGUUACCCUCGGCUUCAGGGAGAGGGGAAGUGCGCGAGGCCGACGACGCGAUUCCCAACCCCGCUAUAUUCGAACCCCACCACAGUUUGAGAUCUCGAAUUCCGAUCAAUAUCCUCGCCUCCCCGCUCUACAUAUACCAUGUUCGCAUGUACCAGGUCUGGCCCAUCGUCGAUGUCGAGAACGUCUUGUCCAUCUUACAGCAAGACACGGAAGAAAAGGAGCAUGAAAUGUACGCCCUCGCAACAGCCGUAGCCGCUGCCACCAUCGCUCAGUUACGGCUGGGGCAGAACUCGCCGCCGGAAAAGUCUCUCAGUGCUGAGAAUUUUGCACUGGAGAGCAUGAGGGCUAGACGGCUGUGUGACUAUCGGUCAAGACUCAAUCUGAAUAAUGUGCGCACUGCUUUCUUUCUGCACGUCUACUACGAAAACCAGCAGUCCGGAGCGAGCGAGUCGCUGCUAUAUUUGCGAGAAGCAAUCACCUUAGCACAAAUGAUGUCCUUACAUCGCGAGGCUUCGUAUGUGGGACUGCCUGCGGAGGAGCAACAACUGCGUCGUCGCGUCCUAUGGUUGCUGUUUGUCACAGAACGGGGAGUUUGCAUCCUUCACAAAUUACCCGUUAUUCUGAAGACGAAUGUCUCCACCCCAGCACUAGAUACGAGUGAUGAACCACAAGUUCUGCCCGCAUUUCUGAAAUUGCUCAACCUGUUUCGCCUGUUUGAGCAAUCCCGCAUGUUCGAGCUUAUUGAAGAGGAUCACGGCGGAAGGGACGGGGUCUCAGAUGAGGUUCAGGGCGUGGAUGCAAGGUUUCUACGAUUGCUUCAGGAGAAUCUUCAGGAUGGAUCAGUUUUGUUAGACCACAUAUCGGAUGUACAAAAAGCCGAUCUGUGCGUGACACGACAUUGGAUGCGUAUGAUUCUCUGGAAAUUCUCUUUCAAACAGGGGCUUCAAGGCUCCCAUUCGUCUCAAUGGUCGAAUUCCCCAUCAUUCCCGGUGCUAGUGGCGAAGGAGCUCCUGAAUAUAGUCUCCCAGCUCCCCAGAACGGCGAUUGAAGCUCACGGUCUCGGCAUGGAACUCAAGCUGUAUGAGAUUGCCAGCUCACUAGCAGACGCCGUAAUCAACCUAGCAAUGCUUCCCCAAGCCCCGGUCUGGGACGGGGAAAGCCGGCCCAGCAGCAUCUUAGCCCGCCUCCACUCAAUCCUCUCCACCUUCCGCGGCGGCGGAAACAAGGAACUAGUGGAUCUACUGUAUAGGAAAAUGGCGGAUGCACAGUUUCGCACUGGCCCUGCAUUGCCGCCGCCAAUUCACGAGGUCCAUUCGUUAGUUAGAGUUAAAGACAAACCGCCCACAGCCACCAGUGGUGGGGAAACCCCAGUCCCACAACUGCCUGCGUCGACGCUAGAAGACGUCUUCACGACCACAGAUCCCACAUCUACCGAUUCAGUCGCUGAUUGGUCCGCUGCGGACGACGACCCUUACCACCAAGCAGCAUUUCUAACUUCCGACCAUCACCGCACCUCAACGCGAGGAGACGGCUUGGUGCCGGACCAGAGUGGCAUUAGCGCACAGCCUCCUCUCCACUCAUUGGGAGACCUCGCGCCGUCUAGCCUGUUCGGUGCAUCCUUCUCGGCAGGCCUGGGCUAUGCUGCCGCUGCUGCCGCUGCGUGCGCUUACGACCCAUACCUGGGCAUCACAGGCACUCACUCUCCGUUGCUGCAGGAAGCGAGAGAGUCACGGCUGGACAUCUCCUCGUUGUCUCCAUCCCUGCCGUCCGAGUCUGUGGAGAUGUGGAUUGGCGAUUUCAUCUCCCAAUCUCCCAGGACCCAGGUGUCGCCGGAGAACUACUUCUGCAUGGCUAAUGAGUUAGCCGACCCAUCUCUUUCCAGUCCGAGCUUUCUAGCCUGA